AUGGAAUUGAAAAUUGGGAACAUAUAUGGGAUCUGUGAAAAGAAUGAGUCAACGAUUAAAGAAAUUUUAUAUAAAAAAUCAGAAAUUCUUGUUGGGAAAGAAAAAUAUUGGGAAUUGAUUAGAAGAGUUUACAAUUGUAAAUUUAAUAAGGCCUCAAAAGAUAAAGAAGAAAAAGAAAUGAUUAAUGAGCUUUGGAAUUUCUGUUUCAAUGAGUUAAAGAAGAAAUUUUGGAUAAAAGGGUGUAAUGAAAUUAACGAAAUAGAACAGAAUUUAGGUAUUAAAAAAUGUGAAAAAAGAGUUAGGAAAAUUGUAGAUAGGGACGUAUAUAAAGAAGAAAAUACAAGAAAAAAAUUAAAAAAUAACGAAAAAAUCAAAAAUAGAGAAUAUAAUAUUAAAUUAGUAACAAAAGAUAAAAUAAUUGGUAGGUUCACAGAAGGAAAAGAUACGAAAAGUUGGAAUGUAAUUAGUUUAGCUUUUAUUUUAGAAUAG